AUGGACAAGGUAAGGGCUUUCAGUGCGCCAGGUAAGGCUCUUCUAGUUGGGGGCUAUUUGGUACUUGACCCCAACUACAAGUCCUAUGUUGUAGCACUUUCUUCUCGCAUGCAUGCAGUAGUGAAGCAGACUGAAGGGUCUGCAGAGGCCCCCCUACGUGUCAAGUUGACAAGUUCACAAUUUAACAACGAUCAGUGGGAAUACACAGUGGACUUUGAGUCGAAUUAUGAACUUGUUGAGACGAAAGGACGCCGGCAUCCAUUUAUUGAGAAGACUCUAGCAAAUGUAUUGAACUACUUUCAACCGCCCCGGGGACAGCUUGCUGAGAUAUCCAUUGAAGUUUUCUCUGAUGCCGGCUACCACUCCCAACUUGAUAGCAUUGAACACCGGAAUGAGUUCCGUAGUUUCAGAUUUCACAAGAAAAGCAUCACCGAUGUUCCAAAGACAGGGUUGGGGUCAUCUGCAGGGCUAGUCACCGUUCUCACUGCCGCUCUGAUAUCUGUGUUUUUACCGGAGAUGGAUGUUCGUCUAAAUAAACAUCUAGAGCUGAUCCAUAAUUUGUCACAGGUCGCGCAUUGCCAAGCCCAAGGAAAAGUAGGCAGUGGUUUUGACGUGGCAUCCGCAGUUUUUGGCUCGAUCAUCUACCAGCGCUUUCCGCCUGCAUUGAUUAAUGAUCUGCCCUCUAUUGGUGCGCCAGAAUAUGCAGACUGCUUGCGGAACGUAAUUGAUAAAGCGGAUUGGCAUAGUCGCCAUGACCGAGUCAGUCUCCCAAAAGGCUUACGCAUCGCUAUGGGAGAUGUCCGCGGGGGUUCACAGACGCCUCGUUUGGUCACACAGGUGCACCAAUGGUUACAAGCUGAUCCAGAACACGGUAGCAAGAUCUACGAGGAGAUAAACAAAGGAAACAUUGCAUUUAUGUCCGGCUUGGAAGAACUCAAUAGAAUUGCAGAGCAAGAUCUUAGCACAUACAAUGAACUGCUCCAGACUCUGGAAAAUGGCGGCUCCCUCGAAAGGUUCCCCGUGCUUGCUCAAAUACAAAGUGCUAUCCAGCAAAUACGGAAAAACUUCAGGACUAUUACAUCUGAAUCCGGCGCGGACAUUGAACCUCAAGAACAAACGGCACUUUUAGAAAAUUCUUUGCAGCUAAAAGGCGUUUUAACGGGCAUGGUACCCGGUGCAGGAGGUCGCGAUGCAAUUGCUCUCAUCGUAGCCGAGGAUUCAAACUUGGUAGAACAGACAAAGGAGGCUGUUGAGUUCGGUGCAGUUACCUGGCUUGAUUUAGGUCAAGAAAAAUUCGGUAUCUUGGAGGUUAGUCCCGAACAAUACAACAAUUUGCAGUAA